CGCUUAGGGACACCGGACAGACGCUCCGAAGAAAUCCCGGCUCCAAAAUAGCGCCUGGGCCAGAGCCGCCGCCGCACGGGCUCGCAGGAGCCGCAUGCUGAGCACCGUCGGUCGAGCAAAGGAUCUGCCGGACAGGCUCCCAUGAAAGAAGAGCGGGAGGAUGGAUUACGGCGGCUGCGAGUACCUGGUCCCCUGCGGAAAAGACAAAUACAUCGCCAAAAAUGAGCUGCUUUUACACUUGAAGACGUACAACAUCUACUACGAAGGGCAAAACUUGCAGCUGCGGCACCGGGAGGAGGAAGGCGAGCUCAUCGUGGAGGGGCUGCUGAACAUCUCCUGGGGCCUGCGGCGCCCCAUCCGCCUGCAGAUGCAGGACGACAACCAGCGCAUCCGCCCUCCACCCUCCUCCUCCUCCUGGCACUCCGGCUGCAACCUGGGAGCCCAUGGGUCCGUGCUGAAGCCCAGCACCUUGCCAGACAUCCAGGUUACAGAUGCGGAGGCCGUGCCGAACGCGGAGGCUCCCGGGAGCGGCGCAGGUGAGCUGGGCUCUGAUCCGGUUGGAUUUGGCGGCGCGGUUGGGAGCAGCCGCCUUACGCUCCAGUUUGAGUUCAGAAAAUACAAAACAGGAGGGUUUUUUCCUCUAGAAAUCAGGGGGAGAUGCUGGGGUAGGACUCUGGGGGUUCUCACUUGCCCCCGGUCCAUCCGCCGUCACCGCUUCUCCAUCAACGGGCACUUCUACAACCAUAAGACGUCCGUGUUCACGCCGGCGUACGGCUCCGUCACCAACGUCCGGAUAAACAGCACGAUGACGACCCCCCAGGUCCUCAAACUGUUGCUCAAUAAAUUCAAGAUUGAGAACUCGGCAGAAGAGUUUGCGCUGUACAUCGUCCACACCAGCGGAGAGAAGCAGAAGCUGCGAGCCAGCGAUUACCCCCUGAUCGCCCGCAUCCUGCAGGGCCCCUGCGAGCAGGUCUCCAAGGUCUUCCUCAUGGAGAAGGACCAGGUGGAAGAAGUCACCUACGACGUUGCUCAGUACAUCAAAUUUGAGAUGCCCGUCCUCAGGAGCUUCAUCCAGAAGCUGGAGGAAGAGGAGGAUCGCGAAGUGAAGAAGCUAAUGCACAAGUACUCCAUCCUCCGGCUGAUGAUCGAGCAAAGGCUGGAGGAGAUUUCCGAAGGUCCGACAGCGAUGUGAAACUCUUCGCCGGCGUCCUGGCUCUGGGUUGCUCUCGCAUGAAGAGCCAUUUGCCUGCAGGAUAUACCGUACCGAAUCUCAAAUCCCCGUCGCUCCCGGAGCGCUCCUGGUGUCUGCCCGGAUCCCUCCGGCUCUGAGCCAACCCAUCCUCCCGUGCCUUCAUCUGCGCAGCACCCUCGGGGGGUUCCUCCUCUGCAAAUGGGUUUUUUUCCCAGCAAGGCUCUGGCUGGUGGUAGCUUCAGCCAAAACCUCAAAUCCCUGGAAAUAACGGGAAAAAAAAAAGAGGAAAUCCAUGAGCAGGGCGAAGCCGCCAAGGACAAGGGCCAAGCAAGGGCCGCAAGCGUUCGACAGCAAGAACUGGGGCUGAGUUUGAAGAUGCUCGCUGCAGCGGUGCCCACGCGUGGCUCCCAGCAAAGGACCCACUGCUCAGUGGCAAAGGAGCACAAAUAAUUCCUCUUUUUUUU